AGGGCACAAUAGAUGGAAGGGAGACCAGAGAGCCCCUGGGGACUGUCCUUGGGGAAGGGAGCCAGAGGAGGACUGGUAGGGUGGGAGGAAGCGUUGCUGCCACAGUCACCCGGGGGAGGGAGAUAACAGAACAGCCAAGGUCCAGAGAUGAGCCAGAGGAUGGGCCAUGGGAAAGCUAGGAGAGGCCUUGAACCCAGCCAGAGAUGCGUCAGGCUGCCGCCACCACCUUACAAGCCGAAGGACAUCUUCAGCCUAGGCUGUUCUCCUCAGAGGGAGGACAGGAGGGGCAUGGGAUGGGAUGCCAGUUUGCACAGACUGGAGCAGGAGCAAGAGGGGAGAAGGUGCUGAGGAUGAGCAGUGAGACCUCGGGUGUAGGGGCCCAACCAGAGGGCACCUUUCCCUGGCCAUUUCCACCAUGCCUGGCCUGGCCUCUGUCUCCCUUGCAGUGCGGAGUCCAGAACUUCAAACGUCGGGAGAAAUGUUUUAAGUGUGGUGUACCCAAGUCAGAGGCUGAGCAGAAGCUGCCGCUGGGUGCACGGCUGGAUCCACAGAUGAUGCCUCUGGGCGGCCGGGAGCUGAGCCAGGGCCUGCUUCCCCUCCCCCAGCCCUACCCAGCCCAGGGGCUCUUGGCCCCCCAGGCUCUGUCCCAGGGCUCUGAGCCCACUUCGGAAAAUGCCAACGACACCAUCAUUCUACGAAACCUGAACCCCCAUAGCACUAUGGACUCCAUCCUGGGAGCCCUGGCCCCGUACGCUGUGCUGUCCUCCUCCAACGUCCGGGUCAUCAAGGAUAAGCAGACACAACUGAAUCGAGGCUUCGCCUUCAUUCAGCUCUCCACCAUCGUGGAGGCUGCUCAGUUACUUCAGAUCCUCCAGGCCCUCCACCCCCCUCUCACCAUUGAUGGCAAGACCAUCAAUGUGGAGUUUGCCAAGGGCUCUAAGAGGGACAUGGCCUCCAGUGAUGGCAGCCGCAUUAAUGCCGCUUCCGUUGCCAGCACGGCAAUUGCUGCUGCCCAGUGGGCCAUCUCACAGGCAUCCCAGGGCGGGGAGGGGAGCUGGGCAGCACCCGAGGAGCCAGCAGCAGACUACAACUACUACCACCAAGAUGAGACCUAUUGUGGCCCCAGCACUGAGGCCACACUCUAUGGCCACAGCAGCUACCUGAAAGGUGCCACCAAAGCAUUGGGUGUGGCUAGCAGUAAGGGAGACCCUGCUGCAGCAGGCACCGAAGCCGCCUUGGUGGAACCCUGUGUACCUGGUGUUGAAGCUGUGCCCCUGAUCCAGGCCUUUCCCCGUGCCCAAGCCAGCACCAUGCCCAACGUCUAUCAGCAGCCAGGGCCCGAGGCAGCCAGUGCCCAGGGCAUGGUGCCUAACACCCAGCCCUACACCAUCGUGUCCCCUGCCGUGUUGAAGGCUGAGCUCCUCAGCCCAGCUCAGCCCAGUUCUGCACCCCCACCCACUACCAGUCCAGCUGCCCAGGACUCCUACGGCCAGUACCCCAUCCCGGACGUCUCCACCUACCAAUACGAUGAGACAUCGGGCUACUACUAUGACCCCCAGACGGGACUUUACUAUGACCCAAACUCUCAGUAUUAUUACAACUCCCAGAGUCAGCAGUACCUUUACUGGGAUGGGGAGCGGCGCACAUAUGUCCCUGCGCUGGAACAGGUAACUGAUGGGCACAAGGAGACAGGAGGCACCUUGAAGGAGGGCAAAGAGAAGAAGGAAAAGCACAAGACCAAGACCGCCCAGCAGAUAGCCAAGGAUAUGGAACGCUGGGCCCGAAGCCUCAACAAGCAGAAAGAAAACUUCAAAAACAGCUUCCAGCCCAUCAGCUCUCUGCGGGAGGAUGAGCGGCGGGAGUCGGCCACAGCUGAUGCUGGCUAUGCCAUCUUGGAGAAGAAGGGGACGCUGGCCGAGAGACAACAUACCACCAUGGAGCUUCCGAAGUUGACGAGCGAUGACCGCCUGAGUCCACCCCGGGGGCUGGUGGCUGCCUAUAGUGGUGAGAGUGACAGUGAGGAGGAGCCCGAGCGGAACGCAGAGCGAGAGGAGAGACUCACAGACUGGCAGAAGCUGGCGUGUCUCCUCUGCCGACGCCAGUUCCCCAGUAAGGAGGCCCUGAUCCGCCACCAGCAGCUUUCUGGGUUACACAAGCAAAACCUGGAGAUUCAUCGCCGGGCUCACUUGUCUGAGAAUGAGCUAGAGGCCCUGGAGAAGAGUGACAUGGAGGGGCUUUUCCCUCUGCCUCAGAUGAAGUAUAGGGACCGGGCAGCAGAGCGUCGAGAGAAGUAUGGCAUUCCUGAGCCCCCUGAGCCCAAGAAGAGGAAAUCUGGGGCUGUGGUUGCUGCCACUGUGGACUUUGAGCAGCCUACCCGAGAUGGGCUGGGCAGUGACAACAUUGGCAGCCGUAUGCUGCAGGCCAUGGGUUGGAAGGAGGGCAGCGGGCUAGGUCGCAAGAAGCAAGGCAUUAUCACUCCCAUUGAGGCCCAGACUCGUGUCCGCGGCUCAGGAUUGGGGGCACGGGGCAGCUCAUACGGCAUCACUGCAUCCGAGUCCUACAAGGAGAGCCUGCACAAGACCAUGCUGACACGCUUCAACGAGGCCGAGUAAACCCUGAUCCAGACCUGCCCACCUCCCCUCCCCCUCACCUCCUAAAGGCUCUGAGGGGGGAAGGGGGAGCCCUGCCCAGCCUUGCCUGGCCUGUAGGCUGGCCCUCAUCCCCCACAGCCUCUUCGUUUCUUUUCUUGGGAAGCCAUGGCCCCUGCCCACUUACCUGCCCUAUGGCCAACUCUCCUCUUCUUUUUCUAAUAAAACCAGAAAAGCCCCAAA